AAUGUUCAUUUUGCCUUUUUCCCCCCCAUUUUUGCUCGUUUCGCCGCGGUUUAACGCUCCCUCCCCCACCGCCGUUUUGGGGCCGUUUGCCCCCGUUCCGGAGCCGUUUUUAACCCUUUUCGGCCGUUUUUGGAGCCUCCGACAAGCCCCGUCAUGGCUUCCCCUCUGAGGGAGGACGAGGAGGACGAGGAGGAGAUGGCCGUGUCCGAAGGGGAGGAGGAGGAGGAGGAGGACGAGGAAGACGACGAGGAGGAAGAUGAGGACGAGGACGACGCCGCCGCCAUGCUCGGUGGGAGCGGAGGGCUCCGAGGGGGGCCCGGGGCCGACAUGUUCCCCCCGGCCCCGGUGCCUCCGGUGCCUCCGGUGCCUCCUCCGGUGCCUCCUCCGGUGCCUUCGGUCCCUCCGGCUCCAGCACAGCCGCUGCCGCCGCCGCAAGCGGCCCUGCCUGCCCCGGGGGUGCACACAGAAGGUGCUGAGGAGCUGUUGCGGGGCCUCGAGGGUGCUCUGGGGGUCAAGAAGAAGAAGAGGGGACCCCGGAAGCAGAAGGAAAACAAACCUGGAAAACCCCGGAAGAGGAAAAAGCUGGGCAGUGAGGAUGAGCUGGAGUCGGAGCGUGAGGAAUUCCCACGUCAGGAAUACCGGGAUAAGUCGGAGAGCGGCGGCAGUGAGUCCGGGGGGGGGGGGAACCGCAAGCGGCGCCGGAAGCACCGGGACAAGAAGGACAAGAAGACCAAGAGGAGGAAAAAGGCUGAUGAGGAGGGAGGGCAGAAGGUCAAGGCGGUGGAGCAGAAGUCCUCAGCUCAGCUGCUGGGGGCCUGGGGGCUGGAGGACGUGGACCAUGUCUUCACUGAGGAGGACUAUCACACCCUCACCAACUACAAGGCCUUCAGCCAGUUCAUGAGGCCCCUGAUAGCCAAGAAGAACCCCAAGAUCCCCAUGUCCAAGAUGAUGACCAUCCUUGGGGCCAAGUGGAGGGAGUUCAGUGCCAACAACCCCUUCAAGGGCUCAGCAGCUGCUGUAGCUGCUGCUGCUGCUGCUGCUGCUGCUGCUGUGGCCGAGCAGGUGUCUGCAGCCGUGGGCAAUGGGGGGACAGAGGCCCCUGCACCCCCUCUGCGCAAGGCCAAGACCAAGGAGGGCAAAGGCCCCGGGCACAAGAAGCGCAGCCGCAGCCCGCGGGUACCGGAGCUCAAGCGCAAGCUCAAGGGCAGGAGGAUGGCUCCGCUCAAGAUCAAACUGGGGGUGCUGGGGGGCAAGCGCAAGAAGAGCAGCUCGAGUGAGGAUGCUGGUGAGGCCGAGGACGACAGUGAUGCUGAGAGCCCAGGGGUGCCUGGGGCCCCCCCCCGCCCUGACCCCUCCCCCCGCCUCAAGAAGCUCAAGCGGGGCCGGCCGGGCCGCAAGAAGAAGAAGGCAGGGCUCGGCCGGGAGCGCGGCCCCGUGGGGACGGGCACAGCGCCCGGGCAUGGUCCUGGCGCAGAGGACGAUGCCGAUGGCUACGAGACCGACCACCAGGACUACUGUGAGGUUUGCCAGCAGGGGGGGGAGAUCAUCCUGUGUGACACCUGCCCCCGAGCCUACCACCUGGUGUGCCUGGACCCCGAGCUGGACAGAGCCCCCGAGGGCCGAUGGAGCUGCCCCCACUGCGAGAAGGAGGGGGUGCAGUGGGAGGCGAAGGAGGAGGAGGAGGAGGAGGAGGAGGAGGAGGAGGAGGGUGAGAAGGAGGAAGAGGAUGACCACAUGGAGUACUGCCGGGUGUGCAAGGACGGGGGGGAGCUGCUGUGCUGCGAUGCCUGCGUGUCCUCAUACCACAUCCACUGCCUCAACCCCCCCCUGCCCGAGGUGCCCAACGGGGAGUGGCUCUGCCCGCGCUGCACGUGCCCGGUGCUGAAGGGACGGGUGCAGAAGAUCCUGUACUGGCGCUGGGGGGAGCCCCCCCCCCCCCGUGGCCCCCCCCGGAGCCCCCCCCCCCCCGAGGGGCCCCCCCAGGCUCUGCAGGGCCGCUCGGAACGGGAGUUCUUCGUCAAGUGGGUCGGGCUCUCCUAUUGGCAUUGCUCCUGGAUCAAGGAGCUGCAGCUGGAGAUCUUCCACCUGGUCAUGUACCGCAACUACCAGCGCAAGAACGACAUGGACGAGCCCCCCCCCUUGGACUAUGGCUCUGGGGACGACGACCCCAAGAGCGAGAAGAGGGGGGCCGGGGGGGACCCCCUCUUUGGGGGCAUGGAGGAGCGCUUCUACCGCUAUGGCAUCAAACCCGAGUGGAUGACAGUGCACCGCAUCAUCAACCACAGUGUGGACCGCAAGGGGCAGUACCAUUACCUGGUCAAGUGGAGGGACCUGCCCUAUGACCAGGCCACGUGGGAGGAGGACGAGAUGCCCAUCCCGGACUAUGACCUGCACAAGCUGGCCUAUUGGAAGCACCGGGAGGUGUUCAUGGGGGAGGACCCAGCCCAGCCCCGGCGCUACAAGAAGAAGAAGAAGGAGACACCAGGAGAGGGACCCCCCGACUCACCCACCAAUGACCCCACAGUGAAGUACGAGUCUCAGCCACGCUUCAUCACUGCCACGGGGGGGACCCUGCACCUCUACCAGCUCGAGGGCCUCAACUGGCUGCGCUUCUCCUGGGCCCAGAGCACUGACACCAUCCUGGCCGAUGAGAUGGGGCUGGGCAAGACCAUCCAGACCAUCGUCUUCCUCUACUCGCUCUAUAAGGAGGGCCACACCAAGGGCCCGUUCCUCGUCAGUGCCCCACUCUCCACCAUCAUCAACUGGGAGAGGGAGUUCCAGAUGUGGGCGCCUGCCUUCUACGUGGUGACCUACACCGGGGACAAGGACAGUCGGGCCAUCAUCCGCGAGAACGAGUUCUCCUUCGAUGACAAUGCCAUGAAGGGAGGCAAGAAAGCCUUCAAGAUGAAGCGCGAGGCGCAGGUCAAGUUCCACGUCCUGCUCACCUCCUACGAGCUCAUCACCAUCGACCAGGCCGCGCUCGGCUCCAUCCGCUGGGCCUGUCUCGUGGUGGACGAGGCGCACCGGCUCAAGAACAACCAGUCCAAGUUCUUCCGGGUGUUGAACGGGUACAAGAUCGAGCACAAGCUGCUGCUGACGGGGACCCCCCUGCAGAACAACCUGGAGGAGCUGUUCCACCUGCUCAACUUCCUGACGCCCGAGCGCUUCAAUAACCUGGAGGGUUUCCUGGAGGAGUUUGCUGACAUCUCCAAGGAGGAUCAGAUCAAGAAGCUCCAUGACCUGCUCGGGCCCCACAUGUUGCGGCGCCUCAAGGCCGACGUCUUCAAGAACAUGCCAGCCAAGACCGAGCUCAUCGUCCGGGUGGAGCUCAGCCCCAUGCAGAAGAAGUACUACAAGUACAUCCUGACCCGGAACUUCGAGGCCCUCAACUCCAGGGGGGGAGGGAACCAGGUCUCACUCCUCAACAUCAUGAUGGACCUCAAGAAGUGCUGCAACCAUCCCUACCUGUUCCCUGUGGCUGCCAUGGAGUCCCCGAAGCUGCCGAGCGGAGCCUACGAGGGGGGAGCUCUGAUCAAGGCCUCAGGGAAGCUGCUCCUGCUCCAGAAGAUGCUGAGGAAGCUCAAGGAGCAGAACCACCGAGUGCUCAUCUUCUCCCAGAUGACGAAGAUGCUGGACCUGCUGGAGGACUUCCUGGACUACGAGGGCUACAAGUACGAGCGCAUUGACGGCGGCAUCACCGGCGCCCUGCGGCAGGAGGCCAUCGACCGCUUCAACGCGCCGGGGGCGCAGCAGUUCUGUUUCCUGCUCUCGACACGGGCCGGGGGCCUGGGCAUCAACCUGGCGACUGCCGACACCGUCGUCAUCUUCGACUCCGACUGGAACCCACACAACGACAUCCAGGCGUUCAGCCGCGCUCACCGCAUCGGGCAGGCCAACAAGGUGAUGAUUUACCGCUUCGUGACGCGCGCGUCAGUGGAGGAGAGGAUCACACAGGUGGCCAAGCGCAAGAUGAUGCUGACACACCUGGUGGUGCGCCCGGGGCUGGGCUCCAAGGCUGGCUCCAUGUCCAAGCAGGAGCUCGAUGACAUCCUCAAGUUCGGCACCGAGGAGCUCUUCAAGGAUGACAAUGAGGGGGACAACAAGGAGGAGGACAGCAGCGUCAUCCACUACGACAACGAGGCCAUCGCGCGGCUCCUGGACCGGAACCAGGAUGCCACCGACGACGCCGACGUCCAGAACAUGAACGAGUACCUGAGCUCAUUCAAGGUGGCCCAGUACGUGGUGAGGGAGGAGGACAAGAUCGAGGAGAUCGAGCGGGAGAUCAUCAAGCAGGAGGAGAACGUGGACCCUGACUACUGGGAGAAGCUUCUGAGGCAUCACUAUGAGCAGCAGCAGGAGGACCUGGCUCGGAACCUGGGCAAGGGCAAGCGCGUCCGCAAGCAGGUCAACUACAAUGAUGCGGCCCAGGAGGACCAAGAUAACCAGUCCGAGUACUCGGUGGGCUCCGAGGAGGAGGAUGAGGACUUCGAUGAGCGGCCGGAGGGGCGCCGUCAGUCCAAGCGGCAGCUCCGCAAUGAGAAGGACAAACCCCUUCCCCCACUGCUGGCCCGGGUCGGGGGCAACAUCGAGGUGCUGGGGUUCAACACCCGGCAGCGCAAGGCCUUCCUGAACGCAGUGAUGAGGUGGGGGAUGCCCCCCCAGGAUGCAUUCACCUCCCAAUGGCUCGUGCGGGACCUGCGGGGCAAGAGCGAGAAGGAGUUCAAAGCCUAUGUGUCCCUGUUCAUGCGGCACCUGUGUGAACCGGGUGCGGACGGGUCGGACACGUUUGCGGAUGGGGUCCCUCGGGAGGGGCUGUCCCGGCAGCAGGUGCUGACCCGCAUUGGGGUCAUGUCCCUCGUCAAGAAGAAGGUGCAGGAGUUCGAGCACAUCAACGGGCGCUGGAGCCUCCCGGAGCUGGCGCCGGAGCCAUGUCCUGAAUCCCACCGCUCAUCCCGAGCAUCAUCCCCAGCCCGCACCGAGCACAGCGCGGCCAACAGCCCUGCCCCACACACACCCGCCACGCCAGCCCCCAGUGAGCGUGGGGAGGGGACGGGACCCCCACAGGACCUGGGGGAGAGCAGAGAGGAGAAGGAGACCAAAGGGGGCGAGAAGAUGGACACGGAGGCGCCUGCCCCAGAGCUGCCCCCAUCACCAGGGGAUGGCAGUGAGGCUGAGGGGAUGCUCAAGGGGAAGGAGGAGGAGGAAGGAGCAGGGCACAGGGAACCCGAGGCCGAAGGGACCCCGGCCCGCGAGGAGCGAGGGGGCCCGGAUCCCGCUGCAGACAAGGGCGAUGAGAGAGCCGCGGACGAGGACCCCAAGGAGCGGCCGGGAGACCCCGACCCCAAACGAGAGGAGCUCAAGGCCGACAAGGAGCCCAAGGCUGAGCCCAGACCCAACGGGCGCCGGGAGGACAAGGCCGAGAAGCCAAGAUUCAUGUUCAACAUUGCGGAUGGAGGCUUCACAGAGCUGCACACGCUGUGGCAGAACGAGGAGCGAGCUGCCAUCUCCUCUGGGAAGCUCAAUGAGAUCUGGCACCGGCGCCAUGACUACUGGCUGCUGGCUGGCAUCGUGCUCCACGGCUACGCGCGCUGGACAGACAUCCAGAACGAUGGAGCCUUCGGGGUCAUCAACGAACCCUUCAAGGGAGAAGCCUCCAAAGGAAACUUCCUGGAGAUGAAGAACAAGUUCCUGGCGCGGCGCUUCAAGCUCCUGGAGCAAGCGCUGGUGAUCGAGGAGCAGCUCCGGCGCGCCGCGUACCUCAACAUGACGCAGGACCCCAGCCACCCCGCCAUGGCGCUCAACACCCGCUUCGCCGAGGUCGAGUGCCUGGCUGAGAGCCACCAGCACUUGUCCAAGGAGUCGCUGGCGGGCAACAAGCCCGCGAACGCCGUCCUACACAAGGUGCUGAACCAGCUGGAGGAGCUGCUGAGCGACAUGAAGGCGGAUGUCACCCGCCUGCCGGCCACCCUCUCGCGCAUCCCUCCCAUCGCCGCCCGCCUGCAGAUGUCUGAGCGCAGCAUCCUCAGCCGCCUGGCCAGCAAGGGCACCGAGAGCCACCCCCCGCCGACCUUCCCACCAGGGCCCUAUGCCACCCCCCAGACCUAUGGGGGCACCUUUGGGACUGCCCCCCCCGGAGCCCUCCCCCCUGGAGGGGCCAACUACAGCCAGAUGCCACCUGGGUCCUUCAUCACAGCCGCAGCCAAUGGCCCCCCCGUGCUGGUGAAGAGGGAGCGUGAGGCCGAAGGCCUGGACAAGAAGGAGCCGCGGGGGGGGGAGGUCAUUUGCAUCGACGACUGAA